GCUCACAGCCCGGGAGGCCAGCAGUGUGCGGGGCUGCAUCAGCAGAGGGCUGGCGGUGGGCAGGGAGGGGACGGUCCGUAUCUGCUCUGCCCUAAUGAGGCCCCAAUUGCGGUACAGCAUCCAGGGCUGGGCCGGGUGGGCCCCGGGCAGCCUGGGCUGGUGCGGGUGACUUGCUCAUGGCAGGAAACUGAAUGGAUGAUCCUUAACGGCCCUUCCAACCCGAGCUGUUCUGUGAUGCUACGCUCCCUCAGCUGAGCUGGGCAGGCGCGGCUUUCAGGGCCCGCUACAGCCCCGAAUGUUGCGAGCCGCUCCCCAGCAUCACACGGGAAAUCCCGGACGAUCGCCCCGCACCGCUGCCCCGCUCCCCGCUACAACAGGCGGGGAGAGCAGCAGGGCCCCCUCCGCGCCUCCUGCCUGCUCAGGGCGGCGGACACGGCACGGACGGACGGGGCCGGUCCAUCCCCCAGCCGUGUGCGCCGCGCUCCGCCCCGGGGUGGUGUCGGUACGGGCGGCCGGCAGCGUGCGGAGCCGGCGGCCGGAGCGCUAGAUCCCUUGCCCAGCUGAUGGUGUGGUCUCAAAAACAGCUGUGAUGGCCCAGGGCCUGGAGCAAGCAGCUGGCUGGGAGACGGGCUGGUGACUUCUGAUACAACCAGACACUUAAGGGAAGGAUUCAUAAAGAGAAGCCUGGAAACACUAAAGCUGCAAGAACAGGAGCACAGUUGAAAAAAAAAAAAAAAAAGAAAAAGAAAAGAAAAAGGAAAGGAACAAAAAAAAAGGGGAGGGAAAAAAAGCAGAGGGUUGAAAGGUGAGGCUGUACUGUCAGAGAAUGUCCAUCAGCUGUUUCUUCUGAUCUGUUACACUAUUUCAUACCAAGUGACAAGAAGGGAGUGUCAGCUGUAUAAAAACCCAGGCUUUGAGGAAACAGGAAUCCUGAGAGCUUGAACCAAUGCCUUAUGGUUUUUAAUUUGUGUUACUGUGGGAAAGAAAAGCCACCUAACUCACUGGGUAAGGCAUGAGAUGGAGUCUGUGACGAGAAAGUGGCUGGACUAGAGACGUUCUGAGGUCCUUUCAGACUUGGCCAUUCUAUGAUACUGUGGACCUGGAGUGAAAUCUGGGAGCUGUUGCCCUCAGAUGGCACUGAUUUGUAAGGUUCUGCAUGAGGUUGUUUUGUUGUGUUGUUUAUAUGUUUAUUUCUAUUGUUCUGUGCUACAACAUCGCAAAUCAAUGUCUUUACUGGUUUGAAGUAAAGUUAAUGUGACAGGUAUUUCUUGCUGCUUCCCAGUUGACUGUAAGGUCCAAAGCUAGGAAUGAGCACUGUUUUUCUGCCUUUACUUCCACCCUUUUUUACACAUUCUUUUGUUGUUGUUGUUGUUAUCAUUAGGGCAGUGGUUUUGAGUUUUGUGUAUGAGUAACAGUAGUAUAUAAAAGCUUAGAUUCUGUGGGUAGUGUGCUUGUAAUGCAUCCCAUGCUGUCACUGACAAUUAACCAUGUUACACACAUUCGUGUCUAAAGAAAAGAAAAGAAAACCAUCAAAACCAUAACAAAAAAAGCCACCCUGAAUUUUAGAAUGCUGUGGCAGUUCUGUAGCACAGAUAGAACUUGGUCAAGUUGGAUGGGGCUCUGAGCUCCUGAUGGAGCUGUAGGUUUCCCUGUUCAUCGCAGAUGAGUUGGACCAGACAGCCUUUGAACGUCCUUUCCAACUCAGAUGAUUUGUGAUUCUAACACACUAUAUAAAAUGUUGGAUCUCUGAAAACAUUGCUAUCUUUCUGUUUUUAAUUGAGUAUCUUCUUACCCAAAUGCUUUAAAGACAGGAAUUUUAAAUACUUGUGUGAACACUUUUUUCCAUGAGUUCUCUGGAGUUUUCCAUAACGUACCAUGUUGGUUGUUUAGUAGAUCUGUUUUCUGCAGGACAAGGUUUAAAAAAGCAGUGACAGCUUCAACUUGAAUUUUUAUAACAAUGGAAGUGAUCUUGUAACUCUUAAUGUCACCGUCAUGCUAAUCUGUAGGGGAGCUUUGUUAAGGUAAGAAUUAGGUCCUUAUGUUCAGUCUCUGAUUGUGUGCUUGGAGACAAAAGGUAACAUGAGUGUGUCUUCUUGGCAGUGUGUAUAAAGUAAAGCCUAGAAUACAGACCAUUAGGAGAGGUAAAUACAGAACUGUUAUGUUCUAAAUGUGUGCAUCAGGUAGAUGCAUGUCAUCAAUAUGUGAUGUUUCUUUAAACAUGUUAUUGUAACAACCGUCGUUUCUUAUUAGUCAAAUGUGGAUUCUUGGUGACAGGUUGCUUAUUAUUAGCAGUUCAAAGUCUGACAUCCAAGCUCCCAGGACUCAAAGCGUAAAACAAGUGUCAUCUAAAUUGUCCCAUAUUGAUAAUUACCUAGAAAAAAACGUGAUGAUGAACAAAAAGUUCAAGAGAGAAAAAAGAAAGCUAAGCUCAAGAAGAGAGGAGAGGCAGAUAGAAGGAGAUGAAAAGCAUCCCCAAAAGCAACACAAAGUACCAGCUGAAGAACAGCAGUGGCCAGAGAAUGUGCCUGAAUGGGAAGAAAGGAAAUCCCUGCUAGCUCAGAGAAGAGUGGAGUCUAUCAGACUGCUUACAGUGCUGUUAAACCAUGUGAAAGAUUUUGUGCAGUUGGCAAGUCAGAAAGUGGAUCCUUCACUGGGCAUAAGGAAGGAUGAUUCCUUUUCUGGAACAGCAUUAAAAGCAAUACAUCAGAAACAGAUUAACUCCUGUUAUCUUAUGCAAAAAGAUUUGGAACAAAAGGAAGAGCUUAAGUGUCAGUUAACCCAAAAAAGUAGCAAGUUGUGUAGUGAGGAAGGAGAUUUGACUGCCUUCUGUGCAUCUACUUCUCCUAGAGUCAAGACAAUUUUAAAUGACCCGGCUGCAGCUCUGAGUUUUGGCAGAUUGACUGGCAGAGAUGCGUACAACUCCUUUGGCUGUGGAUCUUUACAGAUUACAGUGACUCAAGACUGCAAGGUCAUUGAAUCUCUAGAGGGAAGGGACUGCCAAGCACUGAAUGUGGUUCGCACACAGACAGGGUCUGAAGAUGGUUACAGAAAGCAAAAGGUUUAUGAAACCGAUGAAUUCAUUCAUUAUUUAUUAAACUACUAUCAGACACCGAGCUAUGAACGUGUUUCCCUAGUGACAAAAAACUCUGCCAACAAUUCCUGGUGGAAGAGAGUGGUGUGCGAUGAUGAUAGUGGCUUUCACAUCAGCUUGCGUAACAAGCAAGGUCGGCAUUUGAGAGAAGUGAGUCUUGUACAAAAUCUCAACGACAGAAAUUGCACUAGUGAUGAUAACUGUAGACUGGUCAUCACUGCUGGGGAAUCAACAGACACAGUGCGCAAAAAUAAGACCUAUGCAGAUAGGCUUGCAAAAAAAAUGCACAUACAGAGGAGUGACACGCUCUCUGUUGAUCACUUAAUGCGUGCUGAACCAAAUCAUUCUUUGGAUUGCACUGCUGCUGCUCAAGAUGAGGAAUUUGAACAAGAAGAUGGUAGAAAUGAUGUUACCAAACUGUACAGAACUUGUAGAUCUGCUCACAGAUUAAAGGACUUGUUGGAAGAGAUCAGUGAUUCCAAGUACUUUAGUGAGGCACACAGCGGUGCAAUGAAGAAUACAGAAAGGAGUGAGCAAAUCUACAGCAAUUGUAAUAAAGGGUGUUUGCCUGCAGGAGAGAAAGAGAGAAAAUUACUGGUUUAUUUCAAGAAUGUAACUCUGGAAGGUCAAACAAAGGAAAGCAGCAAAUGUAACUUCUGCUCUAAUUCCGCCCAUGAGGACUUGGCUAGGCAGUGUGAUCAUAACAUUGAACAGUCAUGCAAGAGGUCUAGCAGUAAAUUGAGACAUGAAGGACAGAAAAGUGAGAGACAUUUUGGGGAAGAGGAAAGAAAUACUCUCAAAAUGAAGAAAAAGAGGAAAAAGCUUUCUUCUGAUUUCUUGUCUGAUGAAUGUGGCUUUUCAGAGACUGAGAGCUGCAUACAGCUGGAGUCACUCAGAAAGAUACGAAGAAAAUGUAAUAAAGCUUUUCACAACAAAGUUAAAUUCAAGACGCUUCACGCAGGCACAGCAGCACCAGGCAUCACCACUUCUGAUUGCUUUCCACUUCAGGAGACCCUCCGGCGCACAGGAGAUGAGAGGAAAUUAAUAUUGAGAAGAGAGAUGGAUGCAGAUGAAAGAGGAUGCCCUCUCUUUCCUCUUGAGCUAAUUCAGACAAACCCCUGCUCAGAUACUUUCUGUGGAGCAGAGCCCAGAAGAGGAUGCUGAACAGCUACUAUAUAAUAGCUCUUAAGCUCCUAUGUAGAGGUGGAAGAAGAAAGCCCUUUAGCCAGUAAAAGGUAUUGGAAAUACUUGGGCUUUUUUCCUUAGAUAAUUCCUUAAGUUAGAAUUAUCUAACUGGUGUAGCAAGCCACAGAAACUGAAUCUUUAUUUACCUUUUGGAUACAAGGACCAAAAUUUUCUCCAGGGCCAAACAAGCUUUCGUGGACCAGUUGCUAAGAAUUUGAAGUUAUAUGGAUUCAGAUCUCAGAGAUAAACUCUGAUUGACAUUGACUCAAUUCCCUACAUUAACAGAUACAGUAUUUAGUAAUAUCAAGUCCCUGGAAAAAAAAAAACCAAAAACAAAAACAACAAGAAGCACAUAGAUAUACAAAUCAUAGAGCAAGGAUAUGAAGUGCCUUCUCAAUCAGAUUGUUAAAAUUAUGGAAUUGGAAGCUGUGGGGGACAUUUAUACAUAAUAGUGGAGAAUAAUAGCUUUCUAAAUAAGAAAAAACAUAUAUACUGUAAAUUUCAUGGUGGAAAAACAUUUGUUUACUAUUCCCAGUUCUGAAAGUGUUUCUGAAAACCUGCUGUUCUUUGUAAGGAAGGGUUUCACAAUAACUGCUGGAUGUAGCGCUUCUGAGAAUCUGAUUUUCUAAGCACAGCUCUGAAUGUUGGGCAGUUAAAGGGCACUGUCUGUCAGGAUGGUGACAGCUCAUACUUACGCAGGUUGAAAAUAGAGUCAUAGAGUCACAGCAUGGCUUGGGUUGGAAGGGACCUUAAAGCCCCCACAGCCCAAGCCAUGCCAUGGGCUGGCUGCACCCCCAGCUCAGCCUGCAUAGGGCCCCCCCAGCCCAGACUUGGGUGCCUCUAGGGAUGGGUGCACACAGAUCUGGGCAGCAGUGCCAGGGCCUCACUGCCUUUUGCAUUAAGAAUUUCUGCCUAAUAUCUAAUCUAAAUGUCCCCUCCUUUAGUUUAAAACUAUUUUCCUUGCCUCCUUCCACAGUCACUAUCAGACCAUGUAAACAGUCCCCCUCCUGCUUAUAAACUCCCUUCAAGUUCUAGAAGGCCACAGUGCCGUCUCCCCAGAGCCCUCUCUUUUCCAGGCUGAACAAUCCCAGCUCUCUUAGCCCUUCUUUAGAGGAGAGGUGCUCCAGCCUUCUGAGCAUCUUCAUGGUCUCCUCUGGACCUGCUCCAACAGCCCCACAUCCUUCUUGUGCUGGGAGCCCCAGGCCUGGACACCAUACUUCUGAUAGGGACACACAAGGGCAGAGCAGAGGGGACAGUCCCCUCCCUGCCCACUGCCACCCCUCUGCUGAUGCAGCCCAGGAUGCUGUUGGCCUUGCAGGCAGUGAGCACAUGCUGCUGGCUCAUACCUAGUUUUUCACCCACCAGGACCCCCAGGUCCUUCUCUGCAGGGCUGCUCCCAAGGAGUUCUUCUCCCACUCUGUGCGCAUAUCUGAGACUGCCCCAAUGCAAGUUCAACACCUUGCACUCGGCCAUGUUGAACAUGGUUAGGUUUUCAUGGAUCCACUUUCCAAGCCUGUCCAGGUCUGUCUGGAUGGCAUCCCUUCCCUCUAGUAUGUCACCUUGCACUGUUCAGCUUGGUGUCAUCAGCAAACUUGCUGAGGGUGCAUUGAUCUCUAUGUCAUUGAUUAAAGUGUUGAGGAAAAUGGGUUCCAAGAUGGACUCCUGGGGAACACCGCUUGUCACUGGCCUGUAUGUGGACAUGGGAGCCACUAACCACAACCCUCUGGCUGUGACCAUCCAGUGAGUUCCUUAUUCUUACUAGUCCACCCUUCAAAUCUGUAUCCCUCCAAUUUAGAGGCAAGAACAUUAUAUGUUCACAAGAUUUCGAUAAGCUGUCUUUUUGAAGGCACAUGCAGUGAGAUAUCUAUUUAGUAUAAUUAAGCUUACGUAACAUUUCUACAAGAACUGUUAAAUGUUGUUUAAUUUCUGCUGCAUGGAAGUAAAAAUGUAAAAACUCAGUCUGGGAGCUUGAGUUAUAUCCAUAUUUACUCAGAUGGCUGUAUUUAGAAGACAGUCACAGUUGCUAUGGGCCAAAGUCCCAUAGCAAGACAGACAGGACCAGUUCUACGUACAAGACACUAAUUAUUUCAAUUUUCAUUUUAAUAUGCUGAAUUUAUUAUGUGUCAGUAUGUAAAUGUGAUGAUGUUGCCUUCCUUAUAUGGCAUAUUACCCACAUUUGUAACUUCUGCUCUAAUAAAUAAUGAUUUUUUUUCUAA